GGCCGGGCACAAUUCACGCUGCGCCACGCAGCCGUGACACUGGUGGGGACCCCCCCAGGACCCCCAAACCCAAGCUGGGACCCCCCCAUCCCCAUUCCCUGUCCCCCCCCCUCCAUGGGGCUGGCACCCCUUGGCACCCCGCUCGCCCCCCACCACCCUCCUGCACCCCCCUGGCCGGGCAGAGCCCCGGGGUCCUGGGGUGUGUGGGGUGCCCACGCGGCCGUGGCUGCUGGAUGUUGGUCCCCGAGGUGGGGGCAGUUUUGGUGACCCCCCCGGACCCGGCUACGCCCCGGUGCGGUGACACGGGGCCGGCAGGGCCCGCCUGUUCCUCUUUCCGCACAGAGCCAGCCGCAGCGGGGUGGCCAUGGGGCACCCCACAACCGCGCUGCUGCUGCUGCUGCUCCCCGCGGCCACCUCGGCCUCCUGCUUCUCCGCGGAGUUGGCCAAGCAGGAGAACCUCUCCAACAGCACCCCGGGGUGUGCAGAGCUGGACUGGAGCAUCUUCAGGCAGCAGCGCCGGCUGCUCCUGGCCCACAACGGCAUCGGCGCCGUGCGCCCCACAUCCCAAGUGGAUCCCACUCUGGAGGAGCUGGACCUGUCGCACAACGCCCUGCGGCGGCUCCCCGACGCCUUCCUGCAGCAGGCACGGAGCCUGCGGCAGCUCCUCCUGGGGCACAACCAACUGCAGGGGCUCCCCGAUGGCUUUUUCGCCUCCACGGUCGCCCUGCAGAGCUUGGAGCUGCAGGACAACCCCCUGCCCGCCGUCCCCAGCAGCGUUUUCCACCCCAGCCUUGAGCCUCCUGACCGUGCCGUGCCGCUGCGACGCGGUGCGCAGCGUGCUGGACGCCUGCGCCCGCGCCGCCAACCUCAGCUGCCUCUGCGCUGCGCCCAACGGCACCUUCAACGUCUCCAAUUUCCACGAGCGACAGUGCCCAGGAGGCCCAAAGGUUGUGGCCGCUGCCGUCGGGGCCACCGCCGCGGUGGUGGCCGUGCUGGUGGCGGUGGCCGUCGGUGUCGCCGUGCGCCGCCGGAGGAGGAAGGCGGCCACCACCACCACCGCGGGAUGGGGCAAACGGGAAUCCGCCGGGGCCCAUGGGCAGCCCCGGUACAUCAGCCACGGGGCUGAGAGCGGCCCCACUGCUGCCACCGCUGCUCCGGGUGUGAGCGUGGCACCCGAAUAUGAGAACGUCUUCAUCAGCCCCUGCGUGGGCACGGGCACGGCCCCGCGCAUGGAGGGACGCCGGGGUGGCAGCAGGCGCAGUACAGCCCGCAGGUUCCCACGGACGACACCUAUUUUAUGGAGAGCGACGCCGGGGAGCAGCCCAUCUACGCCAACACGGGGCCCCCCAGCGAGGAGGUCUACGUCGUCCCCGACAAGUGAGGGGACAGGGACCCUGGCGGGGGGCGGGGGUCACAGCUGCCCGGUGGCCGUGAUGGGGAAGCAGAGGGUUGGGUUUUGGGUUAGUUUUUGUUUUUUUUUUUUUUUUUUUUUGCAAUUAAAGCAAAACUGCUCUGCAGUCGUUUCCUGCCUGGGAUGGGGAGCGGAAGCGGCCGCUUCUCCCCGGGCUUUGCACCCAGGGGACGGCGACGGGUGGCCCCCACCAGAUGUGGGGUCCCCCGGGGGUCCCCAGGGCUGGGUUAGGGGUGCAGGGGGUCCCCCCGCACCCUGCUGGGAGCAUCGGGUUCCCAGGAAGGGCUGGGUGCCGUGGGGCACCCGCGGUGUGCGGCUCCUCUUUUGGGGUGUCGGGGUGGCCGUGAACGUGGGGACGCGCCUGGUGGUUGGGGACACCCAGGAAAUGGGAUCGACCUCGCUGUUUUCCUGCCAAAUCUGUCAGUUUGGGGUAAAGAGGAAAGGCACCGCUUUGGGACAAGAUCUCCAAGGCCAUCACUGUGAGGGUACAAACCCUGGGAGAUGGCUGGAGGGGAAGGGGGACAUGGGGCCAUGGCGCACCCAGGUGCCCUCCCAGCCCUGUGCGGGUCUCGGGGUUGCUCCACCGUGAUGCAUUAAAUGUUGUAACUGCCCCAAA